ACACACAGAGUAAACUAGACACCAGACAUGACUGAAACCCAAAACACAGACAGACUACAUAAAAAACACAACACUGAAGUACAAGGACAAGGAGUAAAUACUACAACAUAAAUACCAGACAUGGAACCGAAACACAGACUAAAUAGCUGCUACAAACCCAAACCUGAAAACACAGCACUCAGGAAAGGAUCGUGACAUUGUCUAUUUCUCAUGAACUGAAAUGAAACAAAAAGAACAUUUCUAUCUGGUUGCUGUUGCUUGUCACAUGACCUGACUUACUCCUUCCCCUAACUGCACCCCACAGUCCUUCUGUAAGUGUUACGGAACAUUUUUCAAAUCGAAAGUAAAGUUUUCAGUAGAUUAUCAGGAGGAGGAAAGGGACAGCUGGCUGUGAACUGAUGUCCUCACUGUGUUUCUGAAGACUUCCUUUAGUGAGAAGCAGAUUAACUUUGUGCUUGUUGGAGUUUCUACAGGAAGAUGAAGAUAUUUGUGGUGUUUGUGAUCCUCGUGCACGUUUCCCAGCAUACCUCAGCUGUGGAGCUGUAUGAGGGGGAGGAGUUUGUCCUGCUGCCCUGUGAGUUUAACACCUUUGACCUGGAUGACCCCACAGUGGUGUGGAGCCGCUAUGAUCUCAAUCCUCCAACCGUCCACCAGCGUCAGCAGGAAGGUGAAGGACUCACAUACCAAAACCAGCUUUACAGCGGCCGAACAUCCAUGAUGACUGACGCUCUGGAAACUGGAGACCUCAGCCUCAAGCUGACAAAACUCCAGCUCUCUGACAGCGGCACCUACACCUGCACUGUCAGAUGGUUAGGAGGACAACGGAGAGUGGGAAACAUACAGCUGAAGGUCAAAGUUUCCCAGCAUGCCUCAGCUGUGGAGCUGUAUGACAGGGAGGAGUUUGUCCUGCUGCCCUGUGAGUUUCAGACUUUUGAGAUGGACAACCCCACAGUGGUGUGGAGCCGCUACGAUCUCGAUCCUCCAACCAUCCACCAGCGUCAGCAGGAAGGUGAUGAACUUAAAGACCAAAACCAGCUUUACAGCGGCCGAACAUCCAUGAUGACUGACGCUCUGGAAACUGGAGACCUCAGCCUGAACCUAACAAAACUCCACUGGUCCGACAGCGGCAGCUACACCUGCACUGCCAAAGGUUUAGGAGGACAACUGAGAGUGAGAAACAUCCAGCUGCAGGUCAAAGAACAAUUUCCAUCCUGGGCCAAAGUUCUCCUGGUUCUCCUGGUUCUCCUGGUUGUUGCUGGGGCUCUUCUGGUACAUUUCCGACAGUAUUUCAUGUCAGUCUACCAGGUGGAGGUGGAUUCAGAGGUGGAGUCUGUCCUGCUGCCCUGCAAAACCACAGUUCACCUGCCUGAAGACGUCACAGUGGAGUGGAGGAACAGUUACAACAUGACGGUCCACGUAUAUAAGAACGGCUCUGACCAGCCUGAAGAACAGCACAGUUUUUACAGAGGCCGAACAGAGAUGAAGAAAAACCUGCAGAGACCUGGAGACCUCAGUCUGACCCUGAAAUACCCCACAAACUACAACAGUAACACCUACACCUGCACCGUCUACAGCAGGGAGAGACAUCCUGAUGAAGAAACAAGUCCUGCUGCAGGUCAAAGUCUACAAGGUGGAGGUGGAUUCAGGGUGGAGUCUGUCCUGCUGCCCUGCAAAACCACAGUUCACCUGCCUGAAGACGUCACAGUGGAGUGGAGGGACAGUUUCUACAGGAAGGUCCACGUAUAUAAGAACGGCUCUGACCAGCCUGAAGAACAGAUCAGUUUUUACAGAGACCGAACAGAGAUGAAGAGAAACCUGCAGAGACCUGGAGACCUCAGUCUGACCCUGAAAUACCCCACAGAUGAAGACAGUAACACCUACACCUGCACCGUCUACAGCAGGGAGAGAGACAUCCUGAUGAAGAAACAAGUGAAGCUCAAGGUCAAAGUCUGUCAGGUGGAGGUGGAGGAGGGGGCGGAGUCUGUCCUGCUGCCCUGCAAGACCACAGACAACCUGCCUCAGGACGCUGAGUGAGUGGAUCCACUAUGAUCCCUAUGAGACGGUCCACGUGUAUCAGAACGGCUCUGACCAGCCUGACCAACAGGACCAGGUUUACAGAGACCGAACAGAGAUGAAGGAAGACCUGCUGAGAACUGGAGACCUCAGUCUGACCCUGAAAUCCCCCACAGACAGAGACGGAGGACGAUACAGGUGCUCGUCACCAGCAGAAACAUCAUGAGAGAAAUCAGUUAUCUCAGGGUCAAAGAGAGAAGCAGGCUCCACUGAUCCAACUCCUCUGAUGGCCGAUCAAUCUGUUUGAUCUUUGAUCAUUGAUCCGAUCUGACUCUGGAUCAGAGAGAAAAUGGAGGUGAAGCAGCUGAUGGAGGACGGAUGAAGACAGGAGGACGCUUUGUCAGCUUCUCUUCACUCUGAC